GCUUGCACGUAGCGUAUUACUUAAUAUCUUUAGUACACAAUAUUCGCCAGAGAGGGCGCAACAAAACUUGGUUGUUAAAAGACGUGAUGGCUUUCUUAACCAACGAGGAAUAAAAGUAAAACUAAAGAUGGCGACUCCCAUGCACAGAAUAAUAGCUAGGCGACAAGCGGAGGCAAACAAACAGCAGGUGCGUUGCCAGAAGUGUUUGGAGAUGGGCCACUGGACGUACGAAUGCACGGGGAAGAGGAAAUAUGUGCACAGACCAUCGAGGACGGUUGAGAUGAAGAAAAAAAUUAAGGACCUUGAGAAUAAACAGUUGAGCAUCACCGGACCAGGACAACAAAGCACCAAUGAGAAGAAAAAUAAGAAGGCUGAAGAAUCGAGCGGGAGCAGCAGCGAUUCAGACAUGUCCAGUGACUCAUCCUCAGAUAGCACCGACUCUUCCAGUUCAUCUUCAGACGAUGACACCAGCAGCGAUGAUGACAGCGCGUCGUCUUCCUCCUCCUCAACAUCGUCAUCUUCGGACAGCUCAGACUCUGGAAGCAAUAGCGAUUCAGAUCAGGAACCUCCAAAAAAGAAGAAGAAGAAGAAAUGAGCAGACAGCUUUAAUGGUGUUCUGUAUUUGUUAGUUUUUUUUAGCAGUUCAGUUUACUUUUCUGCAUUUAGCCGUUGCUGAUGAGAUGGAAAACUGAUUGUACAGAUUUGAUACAAAUGUUCAAUGAGCUGAUUUUGGAUUAUAAAUGUGAUUGGUUUUCGGUCCUGCUCUCGGGUCUGCUGUUUGCGAUAUCCGAGCUGUGUAAUGUUCUUCCUUUUGUAUUCUAUCUAGAGUAAAUAGAGUGUAUAUUAGCCAGGUUUCAUCUGUAUAUUUUACAACGUUGCCACUUAUGGAAAAUGUUAAUAUGCAAGCUGUCAAAGAACACAAAAUAAAGAAGUGCACAUGUUAAAAUUGGAUAUAUUGGUCUUCUGUACGGCUUACCUGCACAAGGGGUUGUGGGCAGAGGUGGGCAGGGCUGUCAAUAGUCUUGUAGGGUUCCGGGAACAAGAGACCAUUAUAGGACCCACCCCUGCCACCGGCUUGU